AUGCACUCCCGUCUCCUUGUCUCUGGCCUUCCCAGGUCUCUGCCCCCCCUCCCGCGCUCGCCUGCCCAGCCGUGCCCUCCCAGCAUCAAGGGGAGGCAGCGCGCCGCUCUUCACUCCUCCUCGUUUCCUCCGACCACUGCUCCUCUGCAGACUCUCCACAUGGACGUGUGGGGCCUGGCCCCAUCUAUCCGUGCUACUCGUCGCCAGUUGCGCGGGCAGUAUCGGCGGGACCUUCUGGUCCUGCGUCUGCAUUCUGACAGGGGCGGUGAGUUCUCGUCCAGCCUCCUUGCGGUGUUCUGUCGAGAUGAGGGCAUCGUCCAGUCGUUCACGCUUCCGGCCUCUCCGAAGCUGAAUGGAAUUGCUGAGCAUCGCAUUGGCUUGAUUAUGGAGGUUGCUCAUACCUCCAUGAUCCAUGCGGCUGCUCCCCAUUUUCUGUGGCCGUUUGCUGUCCGAUACGCAUCAGCUCAACCUCUGACCCCGUGUCUCCUUGCCGGAGACCUCGCCUACACUCUGUUGGACGGGAGAGGUUGGCAAUGCUUCGGCGUUUCGGGUCUGGGACGCGCUCGCAAUACAACCGCGAGCAAGCUCUCUCCUUCCACUCUCCGCUGCGCCUUCCUGGGCUUUCCCACUGACGCCCCGCCGUGGCAGUUUUACCACCCUCGCUCACGUCGAGUCCUGUCCUCCCAGGACGUCACUUUUGACGAGUCUGUUUGUUUCUACAUGCUCCACCCGGUAGACCCACCCCCCUCGGUUGAGCCUCUGGAGAUCUCUUUUGACUCCUCUGGCCCUGCUAAGGGGGGUGACCCCGCCGCUGACGACACGGCGGCCACUCGCCGCUCUCCACACUUGGAGACCCCUCCUUGUUUUAUGCCUCGACCGUCUUUGCCACCUCUGCAGCCUGUAACUGUGGACACUGGAGCUACUGGGGGUGAGGGUUCUGAGGGUGCUGAGACUGGGGGUGCUGCGAGUCCUAGUGGUGGUGAGGCUGUGGGUGCUCCUGUUGCAGGUCCUGGCGUUGGACAGCAGCAGCCGCCUAGUCGACUCGAGGCACCCUCACCGCAGCAGCUUCGUGAGUGGGUCGUUCGGCGAGGCCGCUCCGGUGCUGGAGCUUGGAGUUUCCUAGACAUUGGAGCUGCUGGUGCUGGAGGUGCUGGAGCUGCUGGUGCUGGAGGUGCUGCUGGUGCUGGAGGUGCUGUCGCUGCUGGUGCUGGAGGUGCUGCUGGUGCUGGAGGUGCUGGUGCUACUGGUGCUGUAGCUGGAGGUGCUGGAGCUGCUGGAGCUGCUGGAGGUACUGGAGCUGCUGGUGCUGGAGGUGCUGCUGGUGCUGGAGAUGCUGGAGCUGCUGGUGCUGGAGGUACUGGAGCUGCUGGUGCUGGAGGUGCUGGUGCUGGAGGUGCUGGAGCUGCUGGUGCUGGAGGUACUGGAGCUGCUGGUGCUGGAGGUGCUGCUGGUGCUGGAGGUGCUGGUGCUGGAGGUGCUGCUGCUGCUGCUGGAGGUGCUGCUGCUGGAGGUACUGAGGCUGGAGGUUCUGCUGGUGCUGGAGGUGCUAGAGGAGUUGCUAACGGUACGGGUACUGUACCAUGCGGACCGUUUUUCUACCCGCAGCCGCAGUCGUCCCUACCACCGCCUGACUCGGCCCUUCGCAAGGUUCUUAGUCUCCCGUCUGCCACUAGCCUCACUCCAACUCUCCUGUGUCCACCGUCUGCCCCGUCGACACAGUUGCUGCCUGGCUCCCCACUGCCUACUCCUUCUCCCUGCUCUAAGCGGUCAGACUCCUUGACUGAGCGUCGUGAGCCUGAAUCUUGUGCCUCCACACCUGUUCGUGCUCGUCGUGUCGCCCAUCCUCGUCCUCCUGCCUACCCAGGCACUCGCGCUAUGGUACUUCGUCCUUCCUCCGUUCCAGAUCGUAUUGCCCUACAGUCUCCUCUGACGUCCUCUCUUCCUGACGUUCCUGACCCUGAGUCCGACCUUGCUCGUGCUGCUAGUCCUACUGUCACUCGUCUCCUUGCUACUGUCGUCAUUGACCCUGACUUUGAGUCUACUGCUGCGUUUGCCCUAGUCAUCGAGCUAGUAGACUUUGCUGCUAGGAGUCGUCUCGACUACAUAGCGAAUCUUGUUACCGAGUCUGAGUCUAUCUGUCCUCCGCACGUCGGGGGUGAGUCCGCCCUUGGGUGUGACGUCCUUGAGGACAGGCAGUUUGAGCUUGAGUGUCCUGCAGCUGCUUUACCUCGUUUCGCAUCCAUGCUGCUCUGCCCUGAGGAAGACCCGGAUGCACUUGACAUCUCUACCCCGCGCUCUUAUGCCGAGGUGAUUGCGGGUGAGUACUUCUCUCAGUGGCAGACAGCCAUGGAUGCAGAGAUGGCUUCCUGGAAGUCCACAGGCACCUACAUUGACGAGGUUCCUCCUCCUGAGGAGAACAUAGUCGAUGGCAUUCAGCGAGAGGGAGUUGACUUCUUCCAGACCUUCUCCCCCACCCCGAAGAUGACUACUCUUCGGGUGUUGCUGCACGUUGCAGCACAGCGUGACUACGAGCUGCACUCCCUCGACUUCUCCACAGCUUUCUUGCAGGGCAGGCUUCAUGAGGCUAUCUGGCUGCGCCGGCCACCUGGUUUCACUGGGUCGUUUCUUGCGGGUACCCAGUGGAGCCUCCGGCGGCCAGUCUACGGUCUCUGCCUUGCGCCCUGCAAGUGGCGCGACACACUUUGGAUGACACUUGCGGCUCUUGGGUUUGCUCCUUCCACUGCUGACCCGUCGCUGUUUCUACGCACCGACACUUCUUUGCAGCCAUUCUACGUUCUCGUGUACGUCAACGACUUGGUUUUUGCUAUUGCUAACACUGAGGCGCUGGCCCUAGUGAAGGCGGAGCUGUAG